AAUAAUUGUUUCAGGGUGAAAAAAACUAGAUUCAGGCACAGGCCGCGUGUGCCUUGCGUUUGGGACAAAGGGUUUUCUUCACUUCUUUUCCUAGCACUAGCAGUGAGCGUUACUCUGCCACCGUCGCCACCUGGGAUUGCCGCCGGCGCUGCCACUCUUCAAGGCUUCAUUGAAGACACGUCGCACCGCCAGUCUUCGUUGCCACUUGCUCACUCCUCCUUCUUCGCCGUCGCACCACCCAAGUCUCCAACUCAGCCUCGCCAUUCGAUCAUUGCGACCGGAAGCGUGCUUAUCGAGAAGAAAUUUUUGAGAAAUUGCAGCAAAGUUAGGCACAUUGAGCAUAUUGUUGUGGAUUCUAGCAUUCGUGGGAAGCAUUUGGGAAAGAGAAUCAUCAACUUCCUCUCGGAUCAUGCACGUUCAAUGGGAUGCUACAAGGUAAUUCUUAAUUGCAGUGUCCAGAACAAGACGUUCUACGAGAAAUGUGGCUUCCUGCAGAAAUCUGUUCAGAUGGCUAUGUAAGAAUUGGUACAACUUAAAUUACAGUUUGAUCAUAAAAUUGUUUGAGAUAUAAUAAAUGUAAAUAAAUAAAUAAAUUUGUUAGCAAGUACUUCAACAUUAUUAAUUAAGAAACGUUAUACUUUAUCU